AUGUCUAAGCUCGUCGUCGUCAUUGGCGCAACCGGUUCCCAGGGAGGUGCAGUUGUCAGCGCCCUUCUGCAAGACCCCAUCUUCAAAAUUCGCGGCUUGACCCGCAAUACAAACAGUAAGGGUGCUCAAGCCCUCGCUGCUCAAGGAGUUGAGGUUGUUGCAGCGGAUUUGAACGACGAGAAGAGUCUGAUCGAAGCUUUCAGGGGUGCGCACGCCAUUUACGCCAUAACAGACUUCUUCGAACCAUUUGUAAAGGAAGGUCCCGAAAAAGCCAUCGAGAUCGAAUACCAGCAAGGCCUCAACCUGGCUCGUGCUGCUUCAAAAACAUCCACUUUGGAGCACUACAUCUGGAGCACCCUUCCCGAUGCCAUGGCGCUGUCGAAAGGCCAAGUUGCCGUGCCUCAUUUUGCCGCUAAAGCUCGGGUUGAUGCAUUCAUCAAGGCGGACAAAUCACUGCUCAGCAAGACGGUCUUCCUUUGGAUCACUUUCUAUGCGAGCAAUCUGUUCUAUCCAAUGUUCACCCCAAUUGAUGCUAAACCUGCGGGAAGGUACAUCAUUAUGCUUCCUGUCGCACCAACAACUCAAGUCGCAUCUCUUGGUCCUUUGUCAAACGUCGGCCUUGCCGUCCGUACUGUCCUCACGAACCCCUUUGCAAUUCAUAAUGCAGACCCUCUGAGCUCAACUCCGGCCAGAUACCUUCUUUUGACUACCGGAUUUUACGAUUUCAGGGAUUAUUAUAAUGUUUGGGCAAAGGCUGCCAAUGGCAAAACAGCAAGUGGUACCACAAACCUUGAUGUUGAGGUUCUUGAGAUAUCGAUGGACGCCUACGACACGCUUUGGCCUCUCUGGGGCAAGGAGAUGGGUCUUAUGCUGAAGUUCUGGGAGCUUGUGGGACCUGAGAAGAGCUGGUCCACGGUUCAUGGUGAUGAUGUGAUGGUGAGACUGCAGGAUCUAUUGAAGGAAACUGGGCCAGCCAUGGUUGGUACUGAGGAGGCCUUUGGUGAGCUGGAUUGGAGCUCUGUCUGA